CGGCGACUGGUGCGUUGCAAUCUUGGUCGGCCGAGAAGUACCGCCGCGGUGGUGGUUGGUUGCGCCGGUUACUGCUGGGUCGGGGUUGACGAGCUGGCACUCGUCGAUCCACUCGGCGAAGACGUCGACGGGCUCGGUGAGACGAUUCAUCCUGGUGGUGUAGGACUCGCCGCAGCGAUUGCAGCGCAGCGUGGCUAUCCAGAUUUCGUUGUCGAGAUGGCAGUCCACGCAGUCGACGUAGCCGCAGAAAGGGCAGUUGAAGACUUUCUCCAGCUUCUGGGCGUGCUUGGGCUUCUUCGCGAGCAGCUUCUUGCUCGAAGAUGACUUGCGCUUCCCCAUGGCGAUGGUGAUCUCGAUCCGCUGCUUGCUUUCUUGCUUUCCUUCCUUCCUUUUCUUUUCGCUUUGGAGACUGUGGGUGGAGCUUAGUUAACUGGUGGUGGUGUAUAUAUAUAAGUAGCAGUGUGAAGAAGAGAGGAGGAAUUAUCCUUAGCCGACUAAGGUUAGGAAUCCUUUUACUUCUCGGAAAAGGUUUUGUUGCCAUCUAAAGAAUUAAUGCACUUUCUCACAUUAGGGUUCAUGAAGUCCUCAAUUCUCAAGCAUCCACCAAACAUAUAAAUACUUAUUAGUGGGAUUCGAACCCAUAAAUGCAAAUGCU